AGAACGAUAAAAAGAAAAAAAAAAUCAGCCACGUCACGUCACGGGGCUGUUUAUUAAACGCUGAGAAACUUCAACGGGUGACCUGUCAACAGUAUAUAAGGCCGAGGGUAGUCAGCUGUUAACUGGCCACAUUGUACCAUCCGUGCUCCAGAUGAACCGAGCGAGGAGCGGCGCGCCGGGCUCUAGGACCCGGGGGGAAUGCGUGUGCUGGGUGCCGCUGCCUGUCACCCUUCUCUGCAGUGUCUCGAUGCAUUAGAUUCAGGGGAAGAAACUCUGAUCAGCUGCAUCUGGACCGUCUCACUCAUCCAGGACAAUAGAAAGCACACACGCAGCAGCCAAGAGACUCUAUCCUUCUAGCGACCUUAAAGAACGACACCACAUACUGCAAUAAAGACAACUGUAUGACGGCAGAUCAGAUUUCCACGAGCAUCAAUGAUAUGUGGUAUUCUGAUCUGGAAAAAAAAUGAACAGACGAGGCAGCCAUGGGUGGGCAAAGAUGAUCUAAGAUUAUCAGAGGUCAUCUCCCCAGCCAACAGGGUCAGCCGCCCGCACAGCGUCUACAGCUCCACAGGCAUUCUCAGGGAACCAGCCAACCUCCACUCAGCACCAGGACCGGGACGCAACUAUGAAGGACCUGUUUGGACGACUUCAGUUCCUCCUGAAAAUGUCCUUCUCGCAGUGAUGUCCCUCGACACCCUCAGGGACUGAGAACUCCAGAGAAGCACUGAGCAUCGCCCCUGGCUGGAAAGAGGAUGGGUGAUGGAUCUGUGAGUCUCAGUGUUGCAUCGCUGCCUUCGCCACGCCGAUGGAGCUUCCAGCUUCAAACGCACCGUGGGCCGUCGGGAACGCCUCCGAGCCGGACUUGUAUCUCCAGACCUCCCAGCAGCUCUCGGCACGCCCCGGCAACUCCUCCCUGCCCUCCCAGGAAGGCAGCUUGGUCUCCCAGUCCAUAGCUCUCUUCUUCAUGCUGCUCGUCGACCUAGUCGCCGUGGUGGGCAACAUCGCCGUGAUGACCGUCAUCGCCAAGACCCCGCAGCUGAGGAAGUUUGUCUUCGUGUUCCACUUGUGCCUGGUGGACCUCGUGGCUGCGCUGAUUCUGAUGCCCCUGGGGAUGCUCUCCAGCUCCUCUUUGUUUGAUCGAGCCUUCUUCAGCGAGGCCCUGUGCAGGGGCUACCUCUUUCUGAGCGUCUGCUUCAUCAGCGUGGUCAUCCUCUCCAUCUCCGCCAUCAACAUCGAGCGCUACUACUACGUCGUCCACCCCAUGCGCUAUGAGGUCAAGAUGACCGUCAGCUUGGUGGUCUCGGUGCUGGUCUGCGUCUGGAUCAAAGCCAUCGUGAUGUCCGUAGUCCCUCUGCUCGGCUGGAGCUCCCAAGGAUCCUUGCAGGUCAAUGGGCAUUGCUCACUGCAGUGGAGUGGAGGGAACCGGAAGCUCUUUAUCGUGUUUUUCAGCCUCUUCUAUUUCCUCUGCCCGGUUUUCAUUAUCUUGGUGGUGUACUGCAGCAUGUUCAAAGUAGCCAGGGUGGCUGCCAUGCACCAUGGCCCUCUCCCGACGUGGAUGGACACUCCCCGUCAGAGAUCCGAGUCCCUCAGUAGCAGGUCGACCAUGGUCACCGGCUCUGAGGCGGCAAGGACCACCCCGCAGCGGGCGUUUGGAGGGGGCAAGGCAGCUGUGAUCCUGGUAGCCGUGGGAGGCCAGUUCCUCUUCUGCUGGCUGCCCUACUUCUCCUUCCACCUCUACUCCGCCCUGGCCACGGCUGAGCCCGCUUCGGCUGCCCAGCUGGAGAGCGUCGUCACCUGGAUCGGCUUCUUCUGCUUCACCUCUAACCCGUUCUUCUACGGCUGCCUGAAUCGGCAGAUCCGCGGGGAGCUCAGCAAGCUCCUCACCUGCUUCUUCAAGCGCUCCCCGGAGGAGGACAGGCUGCCCAGCAGGGAAGCCUCCAUCGAGGAGAACUUCCUCCAGUUUCUGCAAGGCACCGGCUGCAACCUGGAGAACGGCAACCCCAACAGCACCUCCAGCCCCAAGCGGGACCCUCAGCAGCAGCAGAUUCCCAUUGAUUUCAGGAUACCAGGACAGAUAGUGGAGGAGACCUCAGAGUUCAUGGAUCAGCACCCUCUCAACAGUGAUGUAACCAUAUCGGACAACUGCAUAAGAACCAUGCCUUCUGCUAAAGCAGAGGUGUAACACUAAUAACAGGAAUAAUAAUAAUAUAUAAUAAUAAAAUAAUAAUAAUAAUAAUAAUAAUAGCUUUCUCUGGUUACUUUAUUACAGUUUAGAAUAAUGACCGCUAAGCUAAUCAAUUUAAGUAUGAAGUCGAAGGGAGGAGCUCUUAUUUUACUGAGAUAUUCCACGUUAGUUGGCAUUUUUCUUUCUUUAUAUAAGUCGGUAAUGCACAUGGAGUUUUUCGUAUUUGGUUUUCAGAUGCUGUUCCUAUAUUUUAACAGUUUAUAAACACCCCCCCAUCCCCCCCCCGUUAAAAUCGUUUUGCACUUGACAAUCCAAGACAGCUUCAGUGUGUAACAAUGCAGAAAAGCCUCCCGAUCAACGGCUUUCGUGACGAGAUUGCUCAGCAGCGUGCAGUUCAAUACGAGGGCGCUCAGCAGCGUGCAGUUCAAUACGAGGGCGCUCAGCAGCGUGCAGUUCAAUACGAGGGCGCUCAGCAGCGUGCAGUUCAAUACGAGGGCGCUCAGCAGCGUGCAGUUCAAUACGAGGGCGCUCAGCAGCGUGCAGUUCAAUACGAGGGCGCUCAGCAGCGUGCAGUUCAAUACGAGGGCGCUCAGCAGCGUGCAGUUCAA